AUGUUCGGUGGAGCAUUCAAGCCCUCCCUUCCAUCCCUCGGCGGAUUGUUGUGGAAGAACCCAUGGCGGCUUUCCGCAACACGCAAGUCGCGCGUUCGUACCCGCUUGCGCGCUGUCGACGACGUCAUCGCCACACUUACAAAGUCCAACGUCGAAUGCCACGCCUUGCAACGCGCUCUCGCAUUGCCAAGGGAAGAACACAUGCUCGCCAAGGACAAGUACACCACCUUUAGCAAGCACGAUAGAGGUUUCAGGAAGAGCGUCCACAAGGUGCCCAAGUGGACCAGGUUGACCAUCAGGGAGAACCCCGUCGGUUACUAG